AAUAUUUAAGUUUUAACAGUAAGAAUAUAUUUUAAAAAGAGUUUUAGAUUGAUAUCUUGGUAGCACCACAAAGCAUAUUUUAUAAAAGAAUAUGGCCUUUAAUGCUGUGAUAACUAAAGAAAAUUUUCAUGAAAAGAAGGAAUUUGAAACUGGAUCAGAGUAUUCAAUGCGUCCUACUUCACUAAAUAAUAAUGAGUUAUAUUCUUUAACAGAAAAUCAAGAUCGGAUCAUGCGAACUGCUUUCGUGGAAAAAUCCACAGGAACAGAUGCAGUCAUUAUGAACAAAGGCAAAACUACUAAUCAUGUAAUUGCGAUCAAACCAAGCAGUGAAACUGGAGCCAUUUCUAAAAAUUCGAAGUCGAAAAAGCCACAAUCGGAAGACAAUAAACGUUGUAGAUCAAUUGUGCUUUUAAGAGAAACUUUACAAGUAAGNUGUUUCUAG